AUGAAACGACGUAGUGUUACGUUUACGGACAGUCCACCUGAAAUAAUUGAUAGCGGUAGCGAUUGCUACAACAUCUGUUCUUCUUUACCGACCCGCAAUAUUUUCCCGUUGCUACAGUUGGCAAAAUUUGAGGGAAGGCGACGAAGAUAUACUUCAGAGAGUCAACGCCAAUGGCAGAAGCAUCAUUAUUCUCAUUCUGUACCUGAUCUCAAUAAACAACAUCAUUAUUUAUCAGUAGAACCAAAGUCAAUAUCUGCGAAAUCCCAUUUUAAUAAUAAUAAACUAAAUAUUUUCCAUCAGAGACAGAGGAUGCAUCCAGUUUAUCUUUCAAUACCAGAUUUUGAUAUAGAUGUGCGACCGCGACCUCUAUUAAGAACAACAUUUGAAUCGAUACGUAAUGUUACAAAAAUGAAUACGUCAUGGGAUUUAUAUGGCUCAUGCAGAAAAGGACGUGGGGAGAAGUUGCUGCAGCGUCAUUAUGAAUCUGUAUCUGAUUAUUUUCUUCGCAGACAUCGAAGUACGACCGUUACUGCUGACACUGCCGUAGAAUCACCUGUUAAAGAUAUUACUAACACAGUUACGGAAUCAUGUGUCAAAAACAAUAAUAGUCGUAGUGUUGAUAUCAGCAAUGAUAUUGGUAUUUGUACUGAUAGUGAUGACAAGACUGUUAGUAGCAAGCAGAUCAUUUGGCAGUAUAGAAGUUCCGCUAAUGAUGGCAUCAACUGUAAUAAAAACGAUAUCAGUACUGAUUUAACAGUACGCUAUAGUUGCCCUGUUGAUAACGGAAAUGAUAGUAACAAUUACAUUGAUGAUGUUGACAGCGAUGAAGUAGAUGUCGUCAAGAAUAAUGGUAGAACUAAUGAGUCUAAUAAUAAUGAUUAUGGAAAACUGGCUGGCCAAUUUCUACAACGUUAUUAUUACCAUCACUUGAAUAACAAAAAAAAAUCUAAUUCUGUCUCAAAAAUCGACAGGAACCGGUUUUCAGAAAAUGUUGGCGUUGUUAGUGAUAUUAGUCGUCAAUGUUAUUUAUUAGUUAACAAACCGUUAAAAUCGAUGAAUUAUCAUCGAGGACACCAUUCAGGUGACACUAGGAAUAUGUCCUUUUUUUUCACUUCUGCAGCCAACAAUAGCAGCAGUAUGACCAAUAUUAUUAAUAAAAAUCAGUGCUAUUAUUACCCAUCUAUGAUAUAUUCAGGAACGCAGCAGCAAUUGGUAGAUGAAAUGGCAAAACAUAUAGCGGAAUGUUUAGAGCAGUUCAAUACGGGUUUGGAUAAAGUUUUGCAAGCACGUCAACUACUAGAAACUUCGCAAGAAUUACCAGCGGAUGAUCGCGAGACAAUGCUACGCUUAUUGAAUCAAGCAAUGCGAACAAGCCUUAAACGGAUGGAAUGCAAUGAUGACCGUUAUGAUCCAGAUGGACGACACAGCGAAAGUCCAAAUAGUCUUCCUGGUCAACGGCAAUGUGCUCCAGUUCAGCAACUUUCUAGCACUAGUGAUGGUAAUGCUAAUUUCCAUAACAUUACCAGUAACAUGGAUCCAGCGGAAUUUUUCCAGCGGCAUGGACAACAGUUGCUUGCUCUGCUGCAACAAAACAUGGCAAAACAGAAUUAA